AUCUCGAUCACAUCUCAUUCAAUGCUCUUAAAAAUUAAUCAAAAUACUAUAAGGCUUAAAAAUAUUGAAAAAAAAUUAUCGUGUGAUAGAAAGUUUCGCAGAUGUUUGCUUGAUCAUUACAGCGGUUCCGCUAAGUUUUGUUUUGAUAAGAUCAAGUAUUACCUAGAUUCAAUUCAGGAAACUGAACCCGUUUCAGAGCUAAAACGAAUUUUGAAGGAAGCGAGUGACAUAUACGCCAAUAUCCAAUCGCGCAUACAAUUUCAUCAAACAAACAAAAUUCAAGUUAAGUUUAAAACUUUGGCAAAACUAGCUAUCGUGUUCAACCGUUGGAAUCAAAACAAAAUGGAAACUUUCGAUAUCAAAACAGCCACCGCUUUGGUGCAAAUAUACGAUGGCAAUACAGAUGGUUUGGAAAAUUUUGUGGACUCUUCAAAUUUAUUAAAGGAAUUAUGUCCAAAAAAUCCACAAAUGUUGGUAAAAUUUUUAAAAACAAGAUUGAUAGGAAAGGCGCGUUUAGGACUGCCGCCUAAUAUUGACGAUUUUGACUCGUUAAUAAAUGAUAUACGGUCCAGAUGUCAAGAAAAACUUAAUCCAGAUAAAAUAAUAAGUCAAUUGAAAUCUAUUCGCCAGACGGAUACUAAAGCUCUUUGUGAUGAGGUUGAAUUACUCAGCACAAAAUUAAAAAACGUUUAUUUGCAGUUGCACAUUCCCGAAAAAGUUGCAAAUGACAUGUCAUUAAAGCAUGGGAUUAAUGCUCUGAUUGAAAAAGUUCAUAAUCAGGAAACAAAAAUUGUUUUAAAAGCAGGUCAAUUCGCAUCUGUUUCAGAUGCUUCAGAGAAAGUAUUAGAAAACGAAAGGAAUAGCAACGGUUCACAAAUAUUAGCCUUCAACAGAAACUACUAUGACAAUAGAAAAUUCGUUCGUAAUAAAUACCCGCCGAACACAUACAAUAGAUUCCAGCCAAACACAAAUAAUAGAUGGUUUUCCAAUAGAUCUCCUCUUGGUAAUAAUCAGGCAACUAGCAACAGAUUCCAAAACCAAAGAUAUUCUAAUAACUCUUUCAGAAAACAAUUUCCAAAUACAAAUACUCGUAGAGUCUACAAUACACAAGCUGCAGAAGAGGAACAUUUUUUAGGGGUACCACAGGCGUUAGAAGAAAUCAUUCAACCUACAAACGAUGGUCAACAUUAGCGAUAAACUUAAAUGCUAAUAACUUUAUCAAAAUUAAAGUAGAAAUGGCAAUGGGUGAAAUAAGCAUAUUAAUUAUCGACACGGGAGCAGACGUGUCAUUGUUCAAAGUUGAUAAAAUAAAACCAACACAGCAAGUCUACGCGCAAAAUAGGAUAAACUUAACAGGCAUAACAACCGAAUCGGUAUCAACAUUAGCAACUACUAGCACUAAUAUAACAUUCGGAAAUGCUUCUAUUAACCACACUUUUCAUAUCAUUCCUGCAGAAAUAGAUAUCACAGCGGAUGGUAUUUUGGGAAGAGAUUUUUUCACUAAACAUAGAUGUGUUAUAGAUUAUGAGCACUGGCUUUUAAAUUUCAAUUGUUACGGUGUUACAAUCAGCCACCCUAUUGAAGAUAGUAUCAAUGAUGGUUUCAUAUUGCCUCUACGCAGUGAGGUUAUCCGAAAGAUAAAUUUGCCCGACCUCGUUGAAGACUCUAUUGUCCUUGCGAGCGAAAUAUUACCAGGAGUAUUUUGUGGCAACUCUGUGGUAUCAAAACAAAACCAAUAUGUAAAAUUUGUAAACACCACUGAAAGCAAUGUGUAUAUUGAAAAAGAUUCAUUUAAACCACAGAUUGACCCGCUGAAAAAUUAUAUUCAGAAAAAUUUAAAAUUUAAAAGCACUAAAGCAAAUGAAUCUAAAAUAAAAACAUUAUUGAGCAAAAUCGAUAGUCAGAAUGUUCCUAAAUAUAUAAUCCCUCAUUUAGAAAAAAUAUUAUCCGAGUACCACGAUAUUUUCUGCACCGAUAAUGAUCAAAUCCCAAUUAAUAAUUUUUACGAGCAAUCGAUACAAUUGAAAGAUAACGUACCAUGUUACAUUCCGAAUUAUAAGCAAAUAUAUUCUCAAAGUGACGAGAUAAAAAAUCAGGUUGAUAAAAUGCUUAAAAAUAACAUAAUAGAGCAUUCGGUUUCUCCAUAUAAUU